AUGGCAACCCGCGAAGGCUUUCUGUACACCCCAAAUGACGACAAGCUCAAGCAAGGCUUAAAGUGCAGCGCGGUCAUCACUCCGCAACGCAACAUCCCCGCAAACGUCUCAGACACAUUCGACGUCGUCGUCCUCGGAGCAGGCUAUGCCGGGCUGACGGCAUGCCGGGACCUCACGCUUUCAGGCUACAAAGUUCUCCUCCUGGAGGCGCGGGACCGCAUCGGCGGACGCACCUACACGGCCCAGGUGGACGGGCACCUGUACGAGAUGGGCGGGACGUGGAUCCACUGGCACCAGCCGCACGUGUGGCGCGAGAUGUCGCGGUACGGCUUCAGCACUGACCUCGUCUCCAGCGACGGUGACGGAACGGGCAGCUGCACCUACUUCACCGCCCGCAUCGAAGGCAAGACGGAGAACCUGAGCAAAGAGGAAGCGGCAAGUGACGCCCCCCCCCCCCCGCCCCCCCCCCACC